AGGAAAGCCGUUUACGGUUCCUUCCUCUAAUCAGAGCAGCUCGGUCACUUCUGCUCCCGCCUCACUCCAGGAACAGUCACAGUUUACACUUCAGUGUCAGACCGGCGCGCGUUUCUCCGUGGCGCGUUCUCGUCAUUCCUCGCGCUGCAUCUGAACUCAGCACCCGUCCGACAGGUGAGGCGAGCGCACCGGUCGGAGAAGAGACCAGUUUUACGCGCACCGUUUUACGCGCGCCGUUUUACGCACACCGUUUUACGCACGAGUUUCCCAUGGAUGAGUGCAUUCACCGGUGCUGCCCCUGUCUGGUCACGCUGUGGAACCGAAUCCGGGGGGAGAAGCCUCAUGAUGGACCCGGCUCACACAGGGACUCUGGAGGGAGCGACACCAGUGCACCGAGAGUCAUACCAACACCGGAUAAAACCACGCAGCGCUCCAGUAGGGACACGUCUUCCGAGGCCAUUUACGUGGCGAUGUGGCCUUUCGAGGCGCGGAGUGAGGAUGAGAUGUCGUUCGAUAAAGGGGAUUUGUUCGACGUGCUGAGCCGGAAUGGAGACUGGUGGAAAGCGCGGAGGAUCGAUAAAAACGGGAGAGUCCUCGGCACUGGGAUCGUACCGAGUAACUACCUGGAGCGGGCAGAGACUGAAGCCAAGGAAGUAUGGUAUUUUGGGACGAUGAACCGUUUCGAGGCACAGGGACACCUCAUGAGCUCAGAGAACCAGAGCGGGGCUUUUCUCAUCCGACAGAGCGACCGAGAGUCUGUGGGAUAUGUGCUCUCAGUGAGAUCGGAUACACGGGUCAAGCACUUUAAGGUGAUAAAGGACAACAGCAAUCAGUUCCACAUCGAGCCCUCUACUCACUUCCCCACCCUGAUUGACCUGGUGGAGCACUACAAGAACUACAACCUGACCAACGCCGGACUGCUCGGCAAGCCAUGCAAACGGAAAAAGCCAAAGCCCACAGAGAUGGACUUGAAGGAGUGGGAGCUGCCCAAAAGCGAGUUCACCCUGGAGGAGGAGCUGGGCAGUGGAUACUUCUCUGAUGUGUACAAGGGGCGCUGGAAGAGCCACAUCAGUGUGGCUAUCAAGAUCAUCAAGAGCGACUCGGAGCUGAACCACCAGGAGUUUAUUCGGGAGGUGGAAAUAUUGAAGAGGUUGCGUCACCGUCACCUGAUCUCCCUGUUCGCUGUGUGCACUGAGUCUCCUCCAUAUUACAUAGUGACUGAGCUGAUGGAGAAAGGCAGCCUGCUGGAGUUCCUCAGAGGUCCAGAGGGUCAACACCAGGACACGGUGACUCUGGUGGACAUGGGAGCACAGGUGGCUGAUGGGAUGUCCUACCUGGAGGAGAACAACUGUAUCCACAGAGACCUGGCUGCUCGAAACGUUCUAGUGGGAGAAGGACACAUCUGUAAAGUGGCUGACUUCGGACUGGGCCGACUCAUUAAGGAACCUUUUUAUGUAUCUGAAGAGAAAAAGAUUCCGUACAAGUGGACUGCUCCUGAAGCCAUCAGCCAUGGAAAGUUCUCAAGCAAGUCUGAUGUGUGGUCGUUUGGAGUUUUACUUUAUGAAAUCAUCACAUGUGGAGGCAACCCUUACCCAGCUUUAAGCAUCCAGGAGGUUUUCGAGGAGGUGAGUCGUGGAUACCGUAUGCCCCGUCCAUCCAAGUGUCCCGAGUUUCUCUACAAAAUCAUGAUGGACUGUUGGAAUGCAGAGCCGGCCAGCAGACCAACCUUCAGGUCAAUAAAGCAAAGCCUGGACAACAGCAUCACCUGCUACGAGUGGGACGACAAAAUGAACUGAACUCUCAAAGCAUCAAGGGACAAACUGUGCAAUUCAAAGUAUUCAAAAGUUUACUGUAGUUAAAUAAUUACCUGUUGUAAUUAGAAAAUACUGUGAAUGUUAUUUUGUAUUUUAACCAUGUUUUAAAGGUUCACUAUGGAACUUUUUUGUCUCUAUGCAGAUUGUAUUGCUUUGCAUAGUGUUCCACAGUACCACAUUAAAGAUCGCAGUUGUGUUUUGUUUCAUUCACACAUGUUUGAGUAAAUUUUAUUAUUAGUCUGUAACAUCUCCAAAGCUCAAACUGCUCUGUUCCACCUCGUGAUGUCAUGAAGUGGUAGUUUUCAAGUGAACAGCUCCUUUUGUCUUUUGUUGAGCAGAGAUGGGCCAGUGCAAGACUCAAAUCAUCCAAAUAAUUCUAGUGAAGGUGUAUGGAGUGUAACAAGACAGUGGAGCACUUCCUGUAUUACCACAUGACAUCACAAGGUGGAACAGAGUGUUUUACGUUUGAGAGAAGAACUCAGCCUAAAUCUGCAGUGUUGUGCAAAUGAAACAAAACAAAACCUCAGGGCUGUGAUGAGGAAACAACAUUAUAACACAGAUCAGAAAACAACGUAAUAUGGGCUUUUUAAAUGUCUUUAUCUCUACUAAACAUUUCUCUCUAUCUCCACCAUGCCACAUUACAGGUCAGAUCUGUGUAGAGUUGGCCCCACUCACAGCGUGUUUUCCUGGUGUUUUUGAUCGAUAAACACAUGUGAAAUUUAAUUCAUAAUUAGUCCCACUGUGGGACUAAUAAAGGCAUAUCUUAUCUUAUCUUGUUUAAUGUCAUACUGUGGAAUAUUUCAGUCAAAGCAAUAUAAUCUGCCUGGAGACAAGCAGGUAGCGGAUCUCCCACCAGAAAAGUUACAUAGUGCACCUUUAAUGUUGUAUCUUCACAUUCAAAAUACCUCUGAUUUGUAAUGAUAUGUCUUUGGUUGUUUUUAUUGUCCAUACAUCUGCAGACUUGUUCCGAUCAUUUCAAAGCUCAUAUUACCUCUUUGAAUCGGCUUAGAAUGUUUAUUUACGUAGAAUACAUUACUAGACUAUAGAUUGCGGGAACCUCGACGACCGGAUCUCCGGACAUGGAGACUGGCUCUGGGGACAUGGAAUGUCACCUUGCUGGGGGGGAAGGAGCCUGAGCUUG